AUCUCUUAUAGGAUGACAGUGGGCAGUAAGAUCUCAGAAGAUACACUGAAAUCGUGUGCCGAUCUUUUCAGCUCCCACUAUGGCAUUUGGGGUGAUCAAGCAAGUACAAUUUCCAAGUAUACUGUAGCUGUCCUUUACACUGGGAAAAAUGUCAAGAUGACCAGUGCAAAACUACGAGCUCAAUGUUUAUCUCACCCAGAGAAUACCGUUCUGGUAACCUGCUACCUCCAGAUUGAGCAUGAGCAUCCCCAACUCUAUGGUCAUGCAUUUGCUACUGUGUGGGAUUAUGGUGAAAACAAAGUUGGCUGGGUGACUCAGCUUGUUGUCCAUAGAGCAGUCCGUCGGCGUUACAUCGCAACUCAGCUCUUGCAAGCCCUCAAGUUUCAUGCCUUAUUCUUUGAUGUUGACAUUGUUGGUCUGGCCUCAUCUCACCCUGCUUCUUGCAAUGCUUUGGCGAAAUAUGCUGCUGCAAAUAUCAACAAUGUCAAUUUGGACUUCAUUCAUGAACAUGCCAAGGGGAUUCUGGAAUCCUCUCCCAUCAGCUAUCUGAAGGCUGCUCAACUGAGGGGCACACUCUUCCAAGACAACUGUGACAACAAAGCCAUCUCAUCUGUGUUCACUGAGUUUUACAUCGACCACACUGAGCCUUUAGCAGUGUUGCAACAGUACAAGAAGAGAGGUCAAUGGUGCUUGGGUGAGCUCCUCAAUGGACAUGAAUUUCUUGCUAUUUUUCCUAUUGCAGUCGGCCUAGAGAGCUACUACUAGCUUACCCUGUGUAAUCUGAUUGGAGAAUAGAAUCCUGCCAUGUAUGUAGUAGUAGUUUUUGCACUUUGGCCUACUAGUGUUCUGCAAAUGGCUGUAAUUCACUUUUGCCUUUCUC